AUGGUGGUUAUAUUAGUCAAAUAUGUUGCAUUGUUCCAUUUUAUAUGUGUCACGUGCCUGUUAACAGAUGUGUUAGGCAUUCAUGUGACUACUGAACUGCCCUCAAAAUUACAUAAUAUAUUAAAGAAGACGAAUGUAACUGAGCUCAAAGACGUACUUAACAAUAGCAGAAGGAUUAUCAAUGGUGCAGAAGCACAUUCAGAUAGACCUUACAUGGUCUAUUUGAGACUACCACGAAACAAUCCGAAGUACAAAGACUACCGUAGCUGGCUUUGCGGUGGUGUUAUUGUACACGAAGAGUAUAUUCUUACAUCUGCCGCUUGCAUUGAAGACGCUAAGCAUUUCUAUGUAGUAUCUGGAACAUACAGGUACAACGCUGAAGAUGAUCACUACAGCAAUCCGUGUAUUAAAAAUGGCGCCAAAAAAGCAAUAUGGAAAUGUAUUCCAAGAAAUUACAUUUUCGAUGGUCACGAGAACGACAAUAUACGCUGGAUGAACAAUGAUAUUGCAGUAGUGAAAAUCGAAGAUGAGUUCGACUUCACUAGGAGAGUCAGAGGAUGCGAUUUUGUACCUAAACCCAUAUGCUAUAACAACCAAACGGAAAAAUUGGAAAACCCUGGCACCAUUGCCUCUAUAGCAGGAUGGGGCAGUACAGAGAGAUAUAAUGAAGAUAAUAAUAAACAAGAUCUCCUUGAAGCAGAUGUCAAAGUCAUAAGUAAGAACAGGUGCAAGAAACGAUGGGGUAAACGAUACCACCACAUCAUCGACAACUACAUGAUUUGCACCAAGGACCUAAUACGGGACCCGAGUGAAUUAUGCCAAGAGAAAUACGUGGAUUGUACCGACAUAAUGUAUUCAGACUCAGAAUCUGGAGAGCCAGAAACUAGAAGAGUCGUCGACCCGUCCAACCUUGUUCUACAUUCGGCCUACCAUAACGCAUCUGGUAGAAGAAUAAGUUACGAGCCCGCUGGUGGAUUUUGUGAGAAUGAUCACGGUGGACCUCUAGUCUACGGGAGCGGUGCUAAUUCCAUGGUCAUAGGGAUCAUUUCAGCUUGCCUGGUCAAAGAGAGAACUAACAAGUGCUAUGGACCGUUCUUAUAUACGAGUGUCUUUAAAAACAGAAUUUUGAUUAAUUGCGCAAUUUAUAAGGAUGCAGCACUGGACUGCAACAAGCUUUUCCGAUCGAGUAUAACUUACACUGAAGAAGAAAUAAGUUGGGCAGAUCAUCCUGACGGGCCUGCAAAAAACGAAAUAGCUAAGCUUAGACGAAACAGUAAUAACAAUACGUUAGCACUGAAAUUCACGAAAUAUACUCGUGACAUGGUUGAACAACCUGAAGGCGUUUAUGAACGAGCAUCACGCGGAAAAAUGGAUAUCCAAUAUAAGAACACAACGACCAGAUGA